AUGAAUAAGAAUCUGAUUCUCAAUACAUAUAAUGUGGUGGAAUCUAAUCCAAGUGCUUGGCAUACUCUAUUCGAAGAAGUUUUGCGGGUAUAUCAUACCUUUCAGAAGAACGCACUAGGAACUUCUCCAUUCACUCUCACAUGCGGGUAUAACGCUAUAUGGCCAAUAGAGCUAGCACGCCAAGUUGGUACCGA